AUCCCGCCGCGCGACACUGUACACGCGCGUCUCGCCGAUACGAACCGUCGAGCCCAUGACCGCCCUCCACAGAUGACGGAACCCGCCCGCGCCCAACUGCAACGCCGCACUAGCCCCGUGCUCCACACGAUCGCACUCCGCACUCUGUCCCAGCGCGCGACGUCAAGAUGAUCCAUCAACAAUGAGUCGCCGUGCGCGGCCGUGACAUGGGAGCGCAGGCAUGGGCUGGCGCGCCGUGCAACCGCCGCACAUCGCCGCCGGCUUGCUCCUCCUGCUGCUUGUCAAUCUACCAGUGACCUGCCAUCAAGACCACCAAGAUGCCGUGCACAUCACGGCUAUCCUCGGUGAAAGUGUCGUGUUCAACUGUCAGGUGGAUUUUCCCGAAGAUAUCCCGGUGCCGUACGUGUUGCAGUGGGAGAAGAAGGUAGGCGAAACGGGACAGGACAUCCCGAUCUACAUCUGGUACGAGAGCUAUCCGACGCAUAGCGGGGAGGGCUACGAAGGCAGAGUGUCCCGCGUCGCAACCGACUCACCGUACGGCGCCGCAAGCCUCAACCUCACCAACAUUCGAGAAUCGGAUCAGGGUUGGUACGAGUGUAAAGUGGUUUUUCUCAACCGAUCACCAAACCAGCAUAAGAAUGGUACAUGGUUCCACUUGGACGUGCACGCGCCACCUCGCUUCUCCAUCACACCGGAAGACAUUAUAUACGUUAAUUUAGGCGAUGCGAUUAUACUCAACUGCCAAGCAGAGGGAACACCAACUCCUGAAAUACUAUGGUAUAAAGAUGCAAACCCCGUCGAACCAUCCGGUACUGUAGGUAUAUUUAACGAUGGAACCGAACUGCGAAUUAGUAACAUUCGACACGAAGACAUCGGUGAUUACACGUGUAUAGCGCGGAAUGGAGAAGGUCAGGUAUCUCACACGGCACGUGUCAUUAUCGCUGGUGGAGCUGUCAUAACCAUGCCACCGACAAAUCAAACUAAACUGGAAGGAGAGAAAGUCCAGUUUUCGUGUGAAGCGAAGGCUCUGCCCGGAAAUGUGACUGUGAAGUGGUUUCGUGAGGGUGCACCUGUGGCCGAGGUGGCGGCCUUGGAAACAAGAGUCACCAUACGCAGAGACGGAGCUCUUGUCAUUAACCCUGUAGCUGCUGACGACUCCGGACAGUAUUUGUGUGAAGUUUCUAAUGGCAUCGGAGACCCACAAAGCGCAUCGGCCUACCUUAAUGUUGAAUAUCCGGCGAAAGUAACCUUUACACCCACAGUUCAGUAUUUGCCCUUCCGUUUGGCCGGAGUGGUUCAAUGUUACAUAAAAGCCAAUCCACCUCUGCAGUACGUUACUUGGACAAAAGACAAAAGAUUAUUGGAGCCUUAUCAAACGAAGGACAUUGUUAUAAUGAACAACGGAUCAUUGUUAUUUACCAGAGUUAACCAAAAUCACCAGGGCCGGUAUACUUGCACUCCUUAUAACGCUCAAGGAACCCAAGGUUCUUCUGGUCCAAUGGAAGUUCUAGUUCGGAAACCACCGGUGUUCACAGUGGAACCCGAACCAUUAUAUCAGAGGAAGGUGGGUGAAUCUGUAGAGAUGCACUGCGAAGCACAAGAGUCUGAAGGCACACAGCGACCGAGCGUGACGUGGCGGCGGCGUGACGGUCUACCGCUUCAGAAGAACAGAGUCCGAGCUGUGGGCGGAAACAUCACCAUCGAUACACUGCGCCGACAAGACUUUGGUAUCUACCAAUGUGUCGCGUCCAAUGAGGUGGCAACAAUCGUAGCGGACACGCAAUUAGUGAUAGAAGGCACGCAACCCCAUGCUCCGUACAAUGUGUCUGGAACAGCUACUGAGUUCCAAGUAACUUUGCGGUGGCAACCAGGAUACGCCGGAGGUCCUGACUACAAACAGGACUAUACGAUAUGGUACAGGGAAGCUGGAUUUUCUGAGUGGACCAAAGUUCCCGUGACGCCCCCUGGUGCUACAUCUGUAACAAUUAACCGUCUACAACCUGGGACAACAUACGAGUUUCAAGUAAAUAGCAAGAAUACUAUAGGCGAAGGAAUGAUGAGUAAAGCAAUUACAAUAAGAACGCUCGAUGUAGGUGCCAAGCCAAAGGUACCCACGACCGCCGCUGGUCCUAUCGACGAAAAGAUAUUUCAAAACGCACCUGAAGGCUCCGGCCCGAAACCAGGUCCCCCACGGAAUCUGACAGUGACAGAGGUUCAUAAUGGAUUCUUAAUAACUUGGCAAGGACCUUUAGAACGUGCGCAGCUUGUUCAGUACUACACCAUCAAGUACCGCACUGACGCGCAGUGGAAGACCCUCAACAGGGGCCAGAUACGACCUGAAGAGACCAGUUAUUUAGUUAAGAACUUAGUCGGCGGGCGUACUUAUUAUUUUCGAGUACUCGCGAACUCGGCGACCAGCUACGAGAGCUCGGACGAAGUGAGGUUCCCGGUGCCGGCGCGCGUGAAACACAAAGCGAUCACGGCUGGUGUCGUGGGUGGGAUUCUGUUCUUCAUCGUCGCCAUCAUACUGUCCGUGUGUGCCGUCAAGAUAUGUAACAAGCGUAAACGGCGUAAGCAGGAGAAAGAAAUUAUACGAUUACAGCAUACAACAUGGUAGCGGCGCGACUCACAGACCUCCGCGCAGCUGACAGCACUCAAGUGCCUUUUAAAAAGAAAUCAGAUUUAGUGAACGCGGAAUAUCGAGUUUAGUGCAGUGUUUGCGGUUUACUGCGAAUUGGGUAUGGCCGGCGUCGCGAUGCGGAGGUGAGGCGCCGUACUGGAUGCAGGCG